AUGCUUGGAGUUUCAACAAGCCCUACUUCUAAUAGUCAGGCAGCCCACAUCGCGUCAGUAUUCGAUCUUACAAGAGAGGCUUCUGGGUUUUGUCAACCAGGUGUUCACAUUUAUAAAGAAAACAAGCUUAAGAUGGCUAAGCAUAUGAAUAUCGCUUCUCGGCAUUCCCACCUUUGUUUGUCCGAUUUUUCCAACAGAUAUGAAAACUUCCAGGGCGUUGAGAGAGGCGAAAAUUAUGUAUCCGGACAGCUUCAACUUGUAAAUAGCAAAAAACGCAAAGCUGAUGAAGCUGAUUUGUAUGCCUACAAAAGUUCCUUGGUGUCCAUCCACCCUCAUUCUGUACUUCCAUCAAAUCAAUCAUAUGCUGUUCACCAAAAUUUAACUCAAUAUGGAGUGGGAAAUGCCGAGUCUGGUUCGCACAAGCAGAAUCAUUAUGCCCAGAUUUCAAACGGGUAUCCAUCAAAUCUUAUUGCUGCGUCAGAUGAUGUUUCGGGAUCCAGAGAUCAAUCAAGCUUUGCUUCGAAUGUUUUAAAUAAACAUUUGACUAACAGCAUUGCUGUUGCGUCAAACAACAAAGCUGGCACUCGAGCCACAAUAAGCGAGGGAGACUACACCAUUGUCGUCGGCGAAGUCCUUAAUUCUAUGUCCGAAAGCUAUGAAGUUAUGGCUUUUCUUGGUCGCGGUACCUUCGGCCAAGUAGUAAAAUGUCGCUGC